UGUUCUGAGCGGUGGGGAUCAUAUGGAUCUCAGAGUGUUAUCUCCUAAUUAAUGUCUAAUAAUAGUAAACCCAAUUACCCGAACGAGCGACACGCGCAUGCGCCUCUCGCUAAUUUAUAUAGAGCUUGUUUUAUUCCGGUCGCUUCCGGUUUCCGGUAGCGCGUGAAAGAGAGCAGAUCAGAGCAGUGCCGUGCAGUGUGUCAGGGGGCAUCAAAUCCACCCUGAGCUUCUUUCUUUUUCAACACGGCGUCCAAUUAUCAUUCAGCCUGGCGGAGGCACAGCAGUGUGCACGUUACUUUCCUGGUGGGGUUUCGGUUCGGCAACACACCCUGCUCCUCAGGUCUGACAGGUUCAGGUGGUUUACAUAUUUUUUCCUGAUAUAAAGCUCUGAGAUUUUUUUUUGUGAAGCUGUAAAUCGGAGUCAGGGAAGUUAUCGGACUGCAAAUCACAGUCGGGUGUUUGUGUUUUUUUUUAGCCACAGAAAUGACAACCAAGAUGGUGAUAAAGCAACCGCAGCCUGUGCUGGAGUCUAAAGAGUCGGACGAGUGGGACUCUGGGAUCUGCGACUGCUGUGACAACAAGGCUGAGUGUUGUUUUGUGUUCUGGUGCUGCCCUUGUUUUGCAUGCAUGAAGACUAAAGAAUACGGCCAGUGUGUGUGUCUCCCCCUGUUGGACAUGUGUGGAUUCGUCUCACCUGCUACAUGGGCCAUGAGGGUGUCUAUGCGUCACCGCUAUGGCAUUAAGGGUACGAUCUGUAAUGACUGCCUGAUCGCCACAUGCUGUACGUCCUGCGCCUGGUGUCAGAUGUCACGUGAGAUGAAAUGUCGUUCGAUCCCAAUCGCCUUGAUCACCGCCAGACCAAAGAACUGAUCCUGAUUCAUUUGUGAGGAAAAACAUAUUUUGUACUGCAUAAGAAUCUAGUGGAGGAAGUGUUGUAUAAAAGUAGGUAUGCAUGCAAAGUUUAUAUACAGCACAAUGUUUAAUCUCAUCUCAUCACAUCACUGUGAAAAUAGCAGAGUUCUGUGGAUGUAUACCUUUAUGUAUUGCAUAUCUAUUUUUUAAAUGUAUCAUUAAUAUUGUAGUGAAAAUAAAAUCUGAUGUCUUGAUGAUGGUCUAUUAAUGCCAGAGAGGUCACUGUUUCUACACUUUUCACGUCCCCGGAAAUAAUUCCCGGUCUGAUGUUUUAGAACCAUCAAAUUAAUGCCUUGUAUUCUUUAAAUAUAUUGAAAUGUUGAUGUAUUGAAAAUUGAAUGUUCUCUGAAAUGAAGGCAAAGAACAAAUAAACUGUUACCUCAAUGUUGAAAGUACA